GUGGGCCCAUCUUCAUUCAUCUGCCACAAAACACUCUGAAUUUACCAUCAAUCAAUCACCGAUCGAUCGCCACCAUGAUCACCAUCGGUUCCUCCACCACCACCACGUCCUCCCUCUUCAAACAUAAACCGAUCUUCACCGUUCGUGCCACCGGAAAAUUCGCCACAACAUGGACACCCAACAGCUGGAAAUCAAAACCCGCCGUUCAAAUCCCAGAAUACCCCGACAAGAAUCAUCUGGAAUCUGUUCUGAAAACACUAGAAUCUUAUCCUCCGAUUGUGUUUGCCGGUGAAGCUCGGAAGCUAGAGGAGCGCUUGGGUGAGGCUGCAUGCGGUGGUGCCUUCUUGCUUCAAGGUGGUGAUUGUGCUGAGAGUUUUAAGGAGUUUAAAACUGAUAACAUAAGGGAUACGUUUCGGUUGCUGUUACAGAUGAGUGUUGUGCUUAUGUUCGGUGGUCAAAUGCCUGUUAUUAAGGUGGGGAGAAUGGCUGGCCAAUUUGCUAAACCAAGAUCAGACUCAUUCGAAGAGAAAGAUGGGGUUAAAUUACCAAGUUACAGAGGAGACAAUAUAAAUGGCGAUUCAUUCGACGAAAAAUCAAGAAUUCCAGACCCUAGUAGAAUGAUUCAAGCUUACACUCAAUCAGUCUCCACCCUCAACAUCUUGAGGGCUUUUGCCACUGGUGGUUAUGCAGCUAUGCAGCGCGUUAACGAAUGGAAUCUUGAUUUCACAGAGCAUAGUGAACAAGGAGACCGGUACCGCGAAUUGGCUCAUAGAGUUGAUGAGGCAAUGGGGUUCAUGGCUGCUGCUGGACUCACAACUGAUCACCCGAUUAUGACUACUACGCAGUUUUGGACGUCUCACGAGUGCUUGCUUUUGCCUUAUGAACAAGCACUCACAAGGGAAGACUCUACUUCAGGUCUUUACUAUGAUUGUGCAGCUCACAUGGUUUGGGUCGGUGAACGUACACGCCAACUUGAUGGUGCGCAUGUUGAAUUUCUUCGAGGAGUUGCAAACCCUCUUGGCAUUAAGGUGAGUGAUAAAAUGGACCCGAACCUACUAGUAAAGCUCAUUGAAAUCUUGAACCCUCAUAACAAGCCUGGAAGAAUCACUGUCAUUUCAAGAAUGGGAGCCGAUAACACACGAGUGAAGCUUCCUCAUCUGAUCAGAGCGGUUCGUGGGGCUGGUCAAAUCGUCACCUGGGUUAGUGACCCAAUGCAUGGUAACACCAUUAAAGCUCCCAUGGGGCUCAAGACUCGUUCUUUUGAUGCGAUUAGGGCUGAAGUGACGGCGUUCUUUGACGUGCAUGAUCAAGAAGGAAGCUACCCAGGCGGUGUUCAUCUAGAAAUGACGGGCCAGAACGUAACCGAGUGUGUUGGGGGUGCACGGACCAUCACCUACAACGACUUGAGCUCACGGUACCACACCCAUUGUGACCCGCGGCUCAAUGCUUCUCAGUCAUUGGAACUUGCCUUCAUCAUUGCAGAGCGGCUCAGGAAGGGACGGCUCAGACGAGGCAUUAGCACCACAACAGCAGGUUUUAUACGUUAGCUAUAAGUGUUAUGUAGAAAGUUUUAAAUAAUAUGAACUGUACUAAUAUAAAUAAAAAGUGAUAUUUAAUGAAAAAAAGGGUCUGUUUGGUA